AGCAUAACGUUCAAGUUCGGUCCGGGGGGAUUUCAUUGACGGAUAAAAAUGUCUGGAAUUUUAUCGUUUUUCGGGGGACCAAUAAGCAUCCUUAAAAUGACUGGAAUACGCCAGCCUUUCCAUUUGCCACCCGGCAAUCAAAUCAGAAAGAAGAGGAAGAAGAAGCCUUUCUCGUCCCGGCGGAGCUGCUGCUUGGUGGUCGGUUUGGAGCGAAUGGCGGAGGACUGCGCGAUUUCAACUGAGAAGCCUGCAGAAAACCCUGAGUGUGUCUGUGCCCUUGACCUUGUCUUGCAACCUUUGACCCUGACUUUAAUCCUCUCAGCCCUCCUCUGAGCUCGUUGUUUUAUGCCUGGUCAUGCACAGUAGCAGUGGCAGCAGCCAACACGUUUGUUUCAGAAACAUGCAACCUGAACCGUCAGCACACAGCUGAGAGCUGCGAAUCACAAGAUGCUGAAUAAGACGAUAGUUUCUGGUGAAAACUCAUCAGUUGAAGAACAAACUUCAACAAAACAUUCAGCUUUAUUUGUCGAAGCUUCUUCCUGUUAACUGUAGAGCAUUUCCUGAAGCUCCUCCACCUCUCAUCAGCUCAGCCCAGCCCCACAGGGAUCUCCUGUUCGCGCCGCGGACGCCAUUUCGUCGAGUCUGCCCCCUGCUGAGCUGCAGGUCGAUUUUAAGCCAACAUGCACCAUUAACGAAGCCAUACUUGCCUUUGUGGUGGAUGGGGGGUGGAGGACGCACCCCGCUGGCGGUGGAGGGUCGGACCGAGCUUCAAGCCUCACAGAAGGGUUUUACUGCUCUGGCAGCCCUAAUGAGGAGGAGCAGAAGGAAGAAACAAGUGAUGCUGGGAAGGAGUCUCUUAAUUGUCCUGGAAAAACGACUUUAUACAGAAUGAUCUGCUUUAGGGGUUUGUGUCUAAAUCCAAAUAAGCUGCUGCAGGCCAAGGCCCCCAAAUCAACAUUUACUUUCUCACAUCAAAAUGGCUUCAAACAGAUCUGCAAUUAUGCAAUCCUACAUCUUUGAAAAGCAGAAGUGGAGCCUCCUGUACAAUCAACAAGAAUCCAGCAAGUGGUUUCUGGAUGUUUUUCCUCAGGACCUGCCUGGCAUUGUGCUGCUUCCUGUCCUGGCAGACUUUAUGGGGACAAGUAAGAGACGGAUGUGUGUGCAGGGACACACAGAAAUACACACAAUAGCAGGAGCGUCUGAUUCAUCUUUCUGCCCCUGAAGUAAAACCUGGGCUCAUUCAGAUGAUCCUCAUCUCCUUCCAGAGAAACCUGAGAUUAGAGAGAAAGAGAAGGCAAGAGUGACUUUCUCCAGCCGGGAUCUGGACAGAUGUGGAAACUUCUCUCAGCGCCACAGGAAGCCGGAUAGAUCAGCCUGGAAGCAGACGGCUGCAGCCGCCAACCCAACAGAAGACAGCAGGAACAGAUGCAGAGUGAAGGAUAAUGACUGACAUGGUGUGUGGGAAAGCUCGGCCUCAGCAGCUGGAGAGACGAUGACUAACGUCAGCAGUGAGUUUGACCUUCCAGCCCGUGAAGAUGUAGUCAGCUCGGUUUCCAUGGAGAUGCCUCCAAACGCGGCGCGCUCUGCCUGGUUGCCAUGGUCGCUGUGGUUGAUGUUCGCGCUGACCUCUGACUGCCAGCCGAUGCUCUUCGACCCUGAAGCGGCGAACGCCACGCUGCUGUUCGACAGCGGCGGCGGCCUGCGGACCUGCAGCUGCCCCGCUCCGGUCCCGGACUGCGACGCGGCCCAGGGCGUCUCCCGGUGCCGCUGCAGCACCGUGCCACGGUCGGAGCUGGACCGCGCCAGCCUCGGGCGGACCGUGGCGGUGUGGGUGAGGGAGCUGUGGGUGCUGGAGGAGCUGCUCAACAGCAGCGCCGUCGCUCAUCUUCGGCUGUCGUUCUGCGGCGCGGAGCCGCUGCAAAGCCGGCAGCUGGUUCUGCUCGGGUUGCGGUCGCUCAGCGUUCACAGCGCCGCCCCCGGAGCGCCGUACCCCGACCAGGAAGUCAGGGUUUCGCCAUCAGUCGGGGCGGCGCCCGAGCCGGACUCCUCCGCUUCCCACCACAUGAGUUUCGUCGACGUCGGCGUUCUGAACGGACUGUCGGCUCUGAAGGCGUACAGCGUCAUCGGACCGCCGCUUCACACCUUCUCCCAGUUCUUCCCACACCUGGUUUUCCCACUGGAGUCCAAGGAAAACGCCUCAGAACCGUCACAGCAGACGCUCGUCACGUUCGUGUACUGAAGGAGCAGAAUAUUACCGAGAAAAUAUUUCACAUGUGGAUACGAGCACAAACAUUAGCAUGCUCAGGUUGCAUGUUUCUCAUAUUUCCCAUUAGCAUCACUGCCAUUUUCAAGAUGGCCGCCGUUUAUGAGGUUUCUUUCUACAAAAGAGUAUUAGAGCCACAAGAGAUGAAAGCCAUAAUGUGAGAAUAAAGUCAUAACGUUUCGACUCUAUUCUAGAAAUAUCAUCAAUUUAUUCUCAUAAUGUUACGUCCAUUUUUUCUUGAAAUAUUCUGACUCUUCUGGUGUUAUUGUUACUUUAUUUUCAUAGAAUUUUUUUCUUGUAAUAUUAUGAUUUUUUUCUAUUUUCUAUUUUUUUCUCUUUCUUUUAGUGUGGCCCUAAUGCUACGUCGUACUUUUAGACCAGUUAUUGCCAUAAAAUGUCACCCAUUUUCAUUAUUAGGAUGAACUUUAUGACUUUUUUCAUCCUGUUUAUGCAACUUUAAUGUGAUAAUAUGUAACAAAAUCAGAACUUGCUGUCUGUAGAUCUCAAUCAACUAGAAAGGAUGUGGAUUUGCAACACAGACUUACAGUCGUCUUAAUGGUUAGCGUUAGCCUCCACUACGUAUGUGAUUUGAAACAUGAUUUGUUCUUAGCAGUUUAGUGUUAGCUUCAGCUAUUUUUUUAUCUUUAGCAGUGUAGUGUUAGCUUCCUGUCAUUUUAUGUUCAGCGUUAGCUUCUGAAAGUAUUUAAUGUCUAUAGCGGUUUAGCAUUAGCAUAGCUAAGCAUCUUUUUAGUGAAUUAGAGGUUUGUGAACCUAACUUUUUAGAUAGCUGUGCUCGCUACUGGCAAAAACUACUGCCGAUUUUAGUGCAAAUAUUUUCUCCAUUACAAUCAUGGCGGCCAUUUUGAAAAAUGUCCACCAGAAAAAUAAAGCACAAGAACAAGAAAAUACAAAUGAUUUCAAAUGUUUAAAUUUGACACCAAAUAUAUUUAUCUAAUUGGUAACUUUAUUGCAACCAUUAAUUUUCCAUGACAACCUUGGUAGCCAUUUUGUAAAAUAAAAAAAAUAUCAGGAUAUGUGAUUUCUAUGGGUCCUAUUAUGCAUGCAUGAUUCCACACCAAAAUUAUUUAUCUGAUAAAUAUUGUGCAAAAGUAAGUUUUCAUUGACGACAACGAUGGCGGCCAUUUUGAAUUUUGUGCCUAGUUUGGUUCUUGUAUCCACAUGUGAAAGAUUUUCCUAAAGUAUUCAGUAAUCUGCUGCACUAUAAAAAGUUCUCAUUUGCAGACUGAAAAAAGGGAAAGUUACGCUGCAGCUGCUGAAAGAUGUAGAAAAGUGGUUGGGAUAUUUUAUAUUUCCUGUCAGCUAGUAGAAAUCUCUCACCAAUCAUUGGACUUUUAUUGUUUUAUUGUCAUUUUCUACAUUAAUUCAUCCUUUUUUUUAGAUUUACUGAAAAAUAUAUCUUCUGUUAAUUCCAGCUUGACCGUAUAUUCAAUAGUUUUCAGCUUUUUAUUUACCUUCCACAAUGUAUUAACCUUAAAGCUCAAUUCAAAUCCUCAUCCGGUGCUUUGCAUACAUGAUCUCUAAGGUACGACAUCAAUAUGAAGCUAAUUUUACUGCAGAAAAUGUUGUCAAACCUGCUCACUAACACUGUUUUUUAUUGAUCACAUGCAUCCCAUCCUGCACAAAUCCACUCUGACGACAUCUGAAAAACAAUUUAACAGAAAUAUAAAUCAUGUUGUGGCGUAGAGGAGCACAUUCAUCGGGUUUAGCUGCUCUACUUGUGAAGCUUUAGUUGAUUUUUUGCUCUAUAUUUUGAAAUAUUUGCACACGUUUUUUUGCUGCUGUGGCUCAGUGUGAUAAUUUUACUAGAGGGGUGUAAUAUUUUAUAGUUUGGUUGAAUACUUACUAAAUACGGAAACAGCAUCAAGAAUACUGAUACCGCUACUUUAGGCAUUUUUGUGUAUUUCUUUGAAUUAUUUAGUUCAAACUGUAGAAAAUACUCUAAGAUAUUAACAUUAUCAAAUAGAAUAAAUUUGUUAAGAAGUGCCAUCAUCAAUAAAUACCAAAAUGACGGCCAAUUUUCCAUUAAUUUAUUUUAAAAGCAACUCUGUUAACAGUCUAAGUUUUAAUCUUGUUUUGAAGGAACUCAGUGUUUUGACUGUUUUGUUUGUUCCAGUGAUUUAUAAACGAACAGACCUGAUACUUUACUAAAGAUAAACACAUGAAUAUGUUUCUCCAGAUCUUAUUCAUCCUUUAAAUCUUGAAAUGUUCUUCAGGUGGUAGAAGGCCGACUUUGUAACCGUCUUUAUGUGUCUCAGAAUGUUCAGGUUCCUUCUAUCAUAACUUUACCAGCUUUGUUUUUAUUUGCUCCCUUUUUAAAUCUACUUCUGUGCCUAUUUACACCUCACCCAUUCACCACUUUAUAUAGUGGAUGAAUGGAUAAUUUAUUAGCUCCCUGAUUUCGCAGUUUGUUUGGUUUCCUGAAUCUUUUCAAUCUGUCCAAGUCAAAUCCGCUCCAGAUGUUUUGUUUUUUGUUUAUUUUUGUCACAUCGUGUUUCGAGAUUCUAAUUUAGGAUCUUUGAUUUUUUAAUUUUUUUCCAGCAUCUUAUCUUUUCCUUACAGUGUAAUAAAGUCGGUUUGCUCAUCUAUUCGCCUUUGGAUCCU